AUGUACGUGGGGUUGCCUAAUUUUUCGAAAAACUAUACGGCUAUUUACCAGACACUCAGGCUUGUGGAAGAAGUUACAAAAGCUUUUAACAAUAGAAAAGCAACAGGUGUGUUCUUAAUCGAUAUUAAGAAGGCUUUUAAUAAAGUAUGGCAUUAUGGUCUAGUCUCUGAAAUGGUAACCGGUAGCUUUCUUUUUUACUUAACUGCGGUGGUACACUCACACCUAAUGGUUAAAAACUUUACUGAUAAAGGAUACGCCCUCGGGCGAGUAACCCUAACAUUACACACGCUUUUCUUAAAGGUUACUAUUUUUGGGGUAAAAGCUCUCGAGUAUUAUAGCUACUAA